AUGCCGCUCUUCCGGCAGCAACAAGAAGUUCUACACAGAAGGCAACUCCGCCAGAAGCAUGGAGAACAUAUCGUCAACACCGCCCUGAUCACCUUCCUCCAGUCCAUCAAGGAGCUCAUCCCGGAGGCGACGAAGCACUGGUCGGCCGAACAGGUAUCUUUCAAGGCCAAUUUUGGCACCGGAAACCGGCGACCAUGGCGCGUUUUGGUAGCCCAGGACGGACCAGAGCUGUACGUCUCUUUCCUGGAAUAUGGCCUGGCCUGGGAGGAGUAUAUCACUAAGAACAGAGUUGGUAGCAUCUUCCCCGUGCCAGCCGUCAACCUAGCCAGAGUCUGGACAUAUGGCCCAUGGACAGUCGAUGACGUGCAGGGCAUGCUAGGUUUUGCCAAGAUUAUUCUGGCCAUUUUGCUCCACCCUUAG